AGCAGCCCAACCCAUGGAUGUUAGGUGUAGCUGUGCUGUUUUCAAGAAUUCAUGUCGAUGGAAGGACAGUUUAGAGAUGCAAAUGAUGAACUGAAGAGAUCACCCACAGAUAAGUUGGAAAUCAGAGGGUAGCAACAGUCCAGCUGCUUGAACCAACUGAACCUUGAAACCAGGCUAACCGAUAGUUCCGCAAAACCCUUUGCUAAAAUCCAUAACCUUGUCUUCUUUCCUCUCUAACGUUAAAUCUCUCUUUUUCACUCUCCCUCACUUCUCUCUUUCCACUUCCUUCUUAUUAACACAAUCCAUUUCGCUUUCUGUGAAACCCUCCUAAAACCCAUUUCUUUUUGCCCUUGUUUAAGAUUCUUUGACUCUAUCUCUCUUUAUUAUUACCCAGUUGCCUACUGACAAAAGAUGAAGCCUUGAAGAUGUUGCAAAGACUUGGUUUUUUUCUGGUAAGAAUCAAAAAUAAAAAUAUGGGGUUUUUGCAUAGUGAGUAAAUGUUCGACUUAUUUCUGAUGAUCCACGUUCGCUCACAAAUUUGACUGCGCAAAAGGAAAAACCCGCGAAACCUUUUUUUUUUUUAGGUUUUAUACCUAAUACUAACAAAAAAGUCUUCAUUUUUCCUUUCCUUUUCUGCAUAGACUUCCUGAUUUUGUACAGUCCAAAUACUUAAAAGACUAAAAACCCUCAUAAAUUUUUAAUUUUCUUUGCCUUUUGAUCAUCUUCUCCACUCAUGCGAAUUUGUAGCUUUAAUUGUAUGGAAAACGCAAAUAGCUGGAGUUUUAUUUUACUUGAGCGGAGUUGGUUUAUAUAGAGUUUUGAAUAGGAUUUGAGGUGGGUGCUGAUUAAUUUUGUUGAAAGGAUAACAAAAAACAGAUUGUAGUUAGUUGAACUAAAACAGUUUACAGAAGUGGCGAAAAUGAGUUUAAGUGCAGCCGAGGAUGAUUCAGGGUCGGAGAUUCAUAUACCGGCAGAUAUAGAUUGGCAUAUGCUUGACAAAUCCAAGUUCUUUUUAUUUGGUGCUGCUUUAUUUUCAGGUUUAUCAGCUGCUCUUUACCCUAUAGUUGUCUUGAAAACUAGGCAACAAGUUUCAUCUUCUCAAAUUUCUUGCUUUAAAAUGUCUUCCUCUAUUAUGAGAUAUGAAGGAUUGAGAGGAUUCUAUAGGGGUUUUGGUACCUCUUUGAUGGGGACAAUCCCAGCUCGAGCCCUUUACAUGGGAGCCCUUGAGGUUACCAAGAGCAGUGUUGGCACUGCAACUGUUAGUUUAGGAUUUUCAGAUACUACAGCAACUGCUAUAGCUAGUGCUGCUGCUGGCUUGAGUUCAGCUAUGGCUGCACAACUUGUUUGGACCCCAAUUGAUGUUGUGAGCCAAAGACUUAUGGUUCAAGGCUACAACAAUAGUAAUAGUAGCAAAAAUGUAAAUCCAAAUGUGAAUUCUUGUAGAUAUAGAAAUGGUCUUGAUGCGUUUAGGAAAAUUCUGUAUGCAGAUGGCCCUAAAGGAUUUUAUAGGGGAUUUGGGAUCUCAAUAUUGACAUAUGCACCAUCUAAUGCGGUUUGGUGGGCUUCUUACUCUGUCGCACACAAGCUCAUAUGGGGUAGUUUUGGUUGCUCUAUGAGUAAAAAGGAUGAGGGUGGUGUGAUUGGGGGAUCUGGUUUUAGGCCUGAUUCAAAGACCUUGGUGUUAGUCCAAGGGUUAAGUGCAGCCAUGGCUAGUGGCGUUUCAGCUUUAAUCACUAUGCCACUUGACACCAUCAAGACUAGAUUACAGGUUCUGGAUAGAGAAGAGAAUGGGAUAAGAAAACCUUUGACGGUUUUGCAGACAAUGCGGAAUUUGGUUAAAGAAGGCGGAUUCACAGCUUGUUACAGGGGAUUGGGACCAAGGUGGGCAUCAAUGUCUAUGUCUGCAACAACCAUGGUCACUACCUAUGAGCUCUUGAAACGGUUAUCAACUAAGAGCAAAGAGAGCUUGACAUCGUGAAUAGGGCGGGUGACCGAAAAACAGAAUGUUUCUCACACUUGAGAUGCUUUUUGUUACCUUAUUCCCUGUUGGCUUUAAUCGGCCUGCUUAGUAAGAGGGGUUACUCAUUGUAAACGUUUCUUUUCUUGUUUUGGCCUUUUAAUGAUGAGGAUCACCUGCGUGUCAAUGUAAAAGGUGUAUGAAGCAUUUCUUCAUCUUGGUCACUCUGUAAUAAUGUAUCUUCCGUGUUCUCAAUCUGUCAUAAUUCAAUCCUUUACUACUCCAAAGUUUGGUUUGAUUUUUCUUUUAAUCCCCUUGAACUUUGCAAUCUCAGUCAUGACAGAGUAGAAGUCUUUGGAUAAAUUCUUUUGAUGAUUGAAAAAGAAUACAUAUUCUUUGAAUGAAUGCUUGUGCUAUGAAUUGACUUUGUAGCACCUCUUAAUGCGUUUUGAGUCAUCUCUUAUCAUUGAAAGAUGGGUGACUUAUGUCCAUUUCUUGCUUAAGCAAAUAUAUUUUCGGACCAAAGUGUUUUACUUUGCAAACCAUGUUAAUGUAUUUCAAUGUGAUAUGAACUCAUUUAGGAAUAUCAAUCUUAUUCUUAUCUAAUAGGGUGCCGACAUUUUAUUUGAAUAGGGAUGGAGAUAAUAGAGAUAGAAAUGGGUAUUAUAUUAUGGAUAUAUGGAUGCAAAUAGAUAUAAUUUUAAAUUU